UGUGGGAUAUCCUGAUAACAACCAGUGCAAUAAAACAGGUGUAGGGCUCUAAGUUACUUUUUCAGUGUGGGGGCGAUGUCCUUUCUAUUUUCCUUUCAGCAUACAACAACAACGUGAUGUUGAUCAUGAGAAAUUUUGGGGAAAAACGGAUCAACGAAAGGGACUGAUGGACUUAAGUGACGAUGAUGUGGUGGAGAUUGUUCCCCCUUCUCCACCGCCACUGCCAACACAGGCCGCAAAUUCUCUGCCACAGCUGAGUGAGGGGGAGAUAACUGUUGCUAGAGAGGUAGAGGUUAGAGAAAGACAAGAAGCUAACACUAGUGGAGGAGAAGAGGCCGCCAUGGAUGAGGCAGAGAUUGUGCAAGAUUUGGCUGCUGAUGAUGAUGAGACUGCAUCAGGAGAAGAUAACUCUGAUGUGGAGAUCCUGGAUGUUGCUGGUGAAGAGGUGGAGGUCAUUGUAGAGGACACGGCCGAUUCAGACGCUAAUGACGCAGAUGGAAAUAACGCUGAGCCUGCUGAUGCGAAUGUCCAGUUGAAUGACCCACCGAGUCGCCCCGCCACUCCACUACCCCCGGAGUUACCUUCCCAUGGUGAAGCGUCCUCUACAGCUAGUCCUGAAGAAGAUGCAUCGCUCUUAGGAGAGAGAGAGACUGGUGGAACAACAGCUGUUCUGCCAGCUGUAAUCCCCUCCCCAGCCAGGCCUCAAGCCAACACGCGAGGCUCUCAUGGCGACUUCCGAACGCCGAAACGCCGUAAACUGAUGUCACCUCUCAAACCGACUAGUGCUGAGGAGGAUGAGGAUGAUGCUGAUAGCUGCCCAAUAUGUUUUGAGCCAUGGACAAACUCUGGUAAACACAGACUGGCCUCUCUCAGAUGUGGUCAUCUAUUUGGACAAAGCUGUAUAGAGAAAUGGUUACGUGGGCAUGGGGGUAAAUGUCCACAUUGUAACGCCAAGGCGAAGAGACUGGAUAUUCGGGUUAUCUAUGCUAAAAGUCUUAAGACUCUGGAUACGACUGAGAGAGACCGAGCUCUAGAGCAAGUGGAAAAGGAGAAAGAGUUGAGGAAGAAGGCUGAGUUAGCACGGGCUCAGGCACGCCUCCAUUACCAGCUGGCCAUAGAGGAGUGCAACAGACUGAGGUCUGAGCUGGACAAGGCCAGGCAGCAGCUGCAGCAGUACAGAUCUAACCCUGGAUUGACCCCCUCCACAUCUGGUCACUCAUCACAGGCUAACAAGGGCCAGUUUAAACCUUUCAAAGUCAUCAAGAUAUUGGAGACUGGGGGCUGUAGGGUCCUGAGUUAUAGUGCUUCCCAUGCUACACUUGUCAUCUCACAGCCCUCUAACAGCCCACUCUUCCCAGGAUUUGGGGUCAAAAAGUUAAAUGUGAUGGAUUUCAAAACCACCCAGUAUAUGACUGUUCAUUCCAAACCUAUCCGGGACCUGUGUUUUCACCCUGUGACUGGAGAUGGCUUUUUACUAAGUGGUGCCAUGGACAAAACUGUCAAACUGUCCAACCUAAUGAGCAGCACGGUUAUACAGAGUUAUGAAACAACCAUGCCAGUGUGGAGCUGUGUCUGGAACACUGAUGACAGGAAUUACUUCUACGCUGGGCAACAGAAUGGGACAGUUCUGGAGUUUGACAUUCGUAACACCCAGGAAUUCGUCCAGCAGUUAAACACUGAGGGUUCCCGGGCACCUGUCGUGUCCUUACAAUACAUCCCUGCUGAUCAACAGUCUUUGUUCAGGCCUGGCGGGUUGCUGGUCGGUCAGCUGGACCGUAUCACGUUCUAUGAGAGGAAGUCUGAGGAGUAUAAACUACACCUGUUCCCGGCGGAUGGCAACCUGACAAGUCUUAAUUUUGAGCCUCAGACUAGACAUAUACUGACAAGCUUCCGGCCCACAGCAAAGCAUCCGACUGUCAGGCACGUGAUUAGUGAGCUGACCUGCAGGGACAUCAGCACGGACCCAUCAGACAUAGAGACCCUGUGCUCCAGUAAUGCUGUUCAAACCUUCCACGGAGGCCGCUCCCAAAAGAUCCUGUCCAAGACACUUUUGAUGCCGUGCCCAUCUGACAACACCCGGGUGCUCACCUGUGCAGGGGACGAGUCUUCUGGCGCGGUGCACGUUUGGGAUGGCAGUGAUGGCCAGUUAUUACAGAAGUUGCCUGUAGGGGGCGCUGUUGUGGACAUGUGUGAAGUGGACAUUAACAACCAGCAUUAUUUGGCAUCACUGACAGAGAAAUCUGUGACUAUCCAUCAAUGGGUGUAACCACUGACCAUUCAGAAUCUGUGAUUUUUUAUGCCGUUUUAGAUGUGAAAUGUGUUUGUGAGCUGCUCAAAUGUGCAAUUUUCAUGACAGAGCCACUGCCAUUGUGUACCUCAUUAUUUACGAUCUUUUUUUUUUAUGCUAAAAGAGGAAACAAAUUUGUGCACUUUUGCAGCAUCUUCCCUGUUCCCAUCCUGUUUAUUCAUGUGCAAGGUGAAGAUGGUUUGGUAUUUGCAAAAGUAAGAGACUUCCAUGUGGUGCCUCUUUAUGAGGAACCAUAAACAUGGUGUAGAAAAUGGACAACGUCAGUGUGGACAGUGUGUACUUGAACUGCUUGAGGGCAAAGGGCUUACUUACUGCCCAGUUGGGAUGACCAGAGCCGAACACAAAGAACUAAAUUCUAUGAAACAACCAUGAUUUAAAGAUUGCCCCCCCCACUCCCCUGCACAAAGUUGAAGAGCUCCAUUUUAUUUUCAGCAAAUAAAAUCAUUUUAGUGGGUCAUACUUGUAAAGGCUGUGACUUAAAGAAGAAAGAAAGAAAAAAAAAACAUUGCAUAUAUUUCCACAACAAAAUGUUACAUAUUGCUGAGAGUAUAACUCUGUGGCUGUGAUCUUGUGUGAGUUUUACCCUCUUUGUUUCAUUUUUGCAAUGCUUGUUGUCUGUACAUACUUAUAGUAGUUGUAAAAAGUGUUAGCAGUUAGCUAAUACAAUGUUAUUAAAUCCCACGUUGUACAUUAAGGUCUGUACAUAUUGUGACUUGGAAAUCAGGGAGGUUGUGGUGUGUUUGAGUUGUAAGGUGAAAAUCAGUGAGGUUGUCCUGCGUUUCAAAGUUAUGAGGUGGAAAUCAGUGAAAUUGUGAUAUGUUUCAAAAGUGUGAGGUUGGAAUAAGUGCAUGGUCCCGAGUUGUGAAUACCGUGCAGUGAGAAUCAGCGAGGUUGUCUAUUUUGUUCUGUGAGAAUCGCGAGGUCUUUCUUGAGCAUCAGGCAUGAACGAAUGAGAUUGUGAUGUCUAGGUUUUGGGAGAAAAUGAUCUAUUCUUCCAAGUUUUGAGAGGUUUUAAAUAAUGUGAUUAAGCACUGGUUUAGUAUUACUAGAUGUGGUGAUGAGUUUUCAUCACAUUCAUUGAUAAUAUACUUACUGCUAUAGAGUAGAUUUGUACUUACAUAUGCUCCACACCAGUUAAAAUAAGGAUAAGUAUUCAAAUCAUGACUUGAGUCACACUUUGUACAACACGUACACACCUGCAUAAACUCCAAUAUUACUGAUGUCUCAUCCUGAUGGAAGCUCAGGUAGCUGAUGAAAAGCAAAUGAAAACAAAAAUGUGGGGCAAAUAUUUUGCUGUGUACAGUUUAGUCUGAUUUUACAUGCAGGCUAUGCUGACACGAUUGUGGCAAGGACCUGUUCAUCUUGUUCAUACACAAGGCCAUAUCUGGAGCCAUUUUAUUUCUGGUAAAUGUUUGUUCACCACAACUAAUCAAACUGUAUCAAAACCAAAAAGUAAACUAAAUAGAAAUAUCAUUGUUAACCUAUAAAAAGUUAAGUUUUCAUUCAGAACUCUUUCAUUCGCAGAAUUAAAAGCUAUCAAAAAUCGUCAAUUUGAGAUAGAAUUAUUUCAUUUCACGCGGCCAUACUGUCACCUUUAAAGUUUGGAAUCAGAGCCUUCAGUUCUUUGCUAGAUAUGAAAAUAUAGCUGUCGAAAAGCUGAGUGCCAAAUUUGCCAUCAGGGCUAGUUUGUUCAGCAGAAAUUGCUGUUAAAAAAAAGUAUAAGCUCCUUCUGCAAGUCUUCAACCAUUUUAACCUCUAAAGCACUCCUCUGAGGAUUUUAUGCAUACUGUUGUUGUGAAAAUGAUGCUAAACAAAACAAUUUGUUUGGCUCACUAAAGAUGCAAGUUUCAUAGCACUGUGCAAAGUAUUUUUCUACACCCCAUAAAGGGGUUGAAAAACAAGUAAGGCAUUCCACAUUUAGAAGGAGAUGUUAAACCAGAAUGAUGACCUAAGGGAUGCAGUUAUCAAUUAAAUAUGGUCUUGAAGUCCACCAUGAACCACCUUGGGAAGGUACAUGUAGAUGAGACCAUGAACUCUGAUAAAGGGGACAGUGUGAUUUGAGGCCAUUGCAAUCUCCAUUGAAAAUGAUGGUCUGAUUGGUGCAAGUUAAGUUCCACAUGGAUGCUCCUGUGUAAUUUCAUGGCUCGUGUCAGAGAAAUGGUAUGCACUCUAGCACUAUCUUGUAAGCCUUUUUGGAAAACUAAUGUUGCCUAGUUUACAUACUUGCUUUGUAUGCAUGUAAUUUCUUUGUCUUUACAUUUUAGAAGUGGAGGUAACCGUUGGUCUUUGUUUUAAUUUACUUGUAAUUGUAUCUAUUUUAGACAAAGCUCUUCAUGCUGGCUCAGAAGGUCCCUAACUGUGUAAUGGUUUUUGUUUAGUUUUAUUAGUUUAUUUAUUUUCUUUUAAUCAUUUAGAGCUUUUAUAGAAGUAUGAUACAUGUACCAAGCAUAUAAAAACAAUUUACAGAAUUACUGGAUUUCUGGAAAAUUCAGAUACAUGUUCUUGCUAGUAUUGGGGAUGUCACAGUGAUGAGGAGCUACCACUACAGUACACUACUGUAGUAGCUUCUUGGUAGCAAGAAAACAGUACAGGCUACCAUUUCUGGAAAAAGGUGCGUCAAGCAUGUGCUUAGUGCAUUAGGCUCUGCUUAACAAAAUUUAAAAAUAAGAGGUUAUAUACAUUGUGCAUGCAUAUCUGUGGAGUAAAUGGGUGCUAGACCUUUGAUACACAGUUUAAAGAAAUCAUGAUUGGACAUUUAUAGGAUUCACAUGUAUUUAAGACAAAAUGCUCAAUAAAACUUAAUAAAUCAUUUUCCGUCAUCUCACUAAAAUCCGCCUUAAGUCUUUUGUUCUUGCUUGCACUGUGAAAUUUAUGGAGAUGUCCAGUUGAAACCUCAGUGGCCAAUCUGUUGACUAGAUAGAAAACUAAAUUAAUGAUCUGCCAACAAAACUGAAAACAUCUUGAAGACUUGUUUUUACUUGCACUUGGUGGAAUUUUACGGAGAUAUCCUGUUAAAACCUCGGUGGCCAGUCUACUGACUGGAUACUUGUAGUUACUGUGGUUUCUGCAUCACCAGGUAAAUGAUGCAGAAAUGGAAUAUUACUUAUAAUUAAAUACGUUGCAAAUCGACUACCACUGACAGUCAGAAUAGACGAGUGUCCAGGGAGUAAGUUUUGUUGUAUUUCACACAUCAGGGCUCACUUGCACAAAGCCCCCUUAGCGUUAAAGGAGAAGAAACCUUAAAAAAAAUGUCACUAUAUGCUGAAAGGGGCACAUUUUUUUCUAUCUGGUGGUGCCUGUUGCAUAAUUUUGCGAUGUUUCCCUGCCACAAACGUAAAGCCUGAAAACGGCAAAGCUGGCAUAAAUCGAUGAGUCCAUUCCAUCCUCCAUCUUUAACACCUGUAAUUUAUGCCGGGUGGAGGGGAGUAGGGGGUGGCUCUCAGCCAAUGAGGGUUUUUUAAACUGCAGGCUUGUUCUUGUGAACUCAACCCAUGUCCAACAUUCCGGUUUCCCCAUCGUCAGGAGGAAAAUGAACUGUACUGUUCGCUACCUUCUGGGAAGAAGAGUUCUACUGGAAAUGUAUGAACUGCACUUUGGCGGUUUCCGACAACAAUCCUCCUCCUAACACAGAAGACUUCAGGACUAGUUCUUAGGAAAAAUGGAGUCGUCCAUAGCAGAUUUUGGCGCUGACUUUAUUUAUAAUUUAUCAACUUGAAGUACUUAUUAGAAUUUCUUUUAUGGCAUGCACCUGCGAGGAAAUGCAUGCUCUUUUCCAUGGUAUUUGAUAUUUAAGUUUUAUUGUCCUUUUAAGAAGACCCCCAAUGCUGGGCCUUCCAAGCUGCAUGCAGAUAGUUUAAUGUCCCCUGAAGCCAUUUUGAUCAUUUAAAACAUGGAAAAGUGAGGAAAAAUGGUAGAAUUUGGCGAUCAAACAUCACAAAAUUUACCCCUUUAUGAUCAAGUCACCGUUGACCUUGUGACAUCACGGCAGUCAAUUCGCCAUCAGCCAUGCUGGCUUCUCUAUGUGUAAAACGCAGACCACAGGAGACAAUCGCUAUACUUUUACAACUAAUUUGGAUAUUAUUCCAUACUCAAGUGUGGCUUCAUAUAGCAGUAACGCAGAAUACUGUAAAGUUACAUUUUCUCAACUGAUUGAGAAAAUAUGGACCAGAUUUCUCAUCGUAAACACCCUUUCAUCACGGAGGACAUGAUCAAUCGUAGUGGUACAUGUAUGAGACUUCCGAAAAGAAAAGGCCGAAA